UCCGUGUCCUCCUCAAGCAUUGCGGUGAGGCUCGUCAGGCACGUCCCGCACUUCCUCCCUGGUCUGCUGUCUACCUCGGGAGUUGCACCGGUUGGACCCUCUCGUGGACUGGCCGGCCAUGAUAAGGAUUUGAAUUCGAGUCCAUCUCCGCGGGCAUUUAAACCGAAACCGUCAACGUCGUUCUUGGGCUUGAACUCACCCGUUGCACCCGUUGCACCCGUUGCACCCCUGUUCGGGAUCAUUCGAGCUCGGUCCGUCGUCCCCUCGAUCUGUGGGAAAGAAGAGCAAAAGGCAAGAAGCCAGAAGCGAACUUGGCCAUUGAGAUCUCGGACCUAAGAGACCACGACUGGUAGCCAUGUCUCGUGAACCGUUGGAAUCACGGGCCAAAAAUGUGGCGGCGCCGGCUCCCGGGCCCGUCAAAUCUGCAACGGGUUCGACGGGUAAUCAGUUUGGCAGCAAUUAUCCUAAAGGAGGGAUCAACAACCGUUGGACUUUAGAUGAUUUCGAUAUUGGUCGUCCCCUGGGCAAAGGCAAAUUUGGAAACGUGUAUUUGGCCCGAGAAAAGCGUUCCAAAUACAUAGUGGCCCUCAAGGUGCUUUUCAAGUCACAGUUGCAGAAGGCCCAGGUCGAACAUCAACUCCGCCGAGAGAUCGAAAUCCAAAGUCACUUGCGACACGAACAUAUUUUGCGUAUGUUCGGCUACUUCUACGACGAGACUCGCGUCUACUUGAUCUUGGAGUAUGCGCCUCGUGGCGAGAUGUACAAGUACUUGCAGAAACAACCUGCCGGGAGAUUCAGCGAGACACUCACCGCCUCCUACAUUCAUCAGAUGGCCAAGGCUCUCCGAUAUUGUCAUUCCAUGAAAGUAAUACAUCGUGAUAUCAAACCAGAGAACUUGCUCCUGGAUGUCAAGGGACAUCUAAAGAUAGCCGAUUUUGGGUGGUCGGUUCAUGCACCUUCCUCUCGACGAGCUACACUUUGCGGAACAUUGGAUUACCUGCCCCCGGAGAUGGUGGUGGGAUCUUCGCAUGACGAAAAGGUCGAUCUGUGGUCUUUAGGCAUUCUGUGCUACGAAUUUCUUGUGGGAAAACCUCCGUUCGAAACCAAUUCACAUACCGAAACCUACAAACGCAUUACUAACGUAGACAUCAUUUGGCCGAGUUUUGUUUCUUCGGGCGCCCGUGAUCUGAUCACCAAGCUUCUCAAGAAGAACCCUGAUGAGAGAUUAGCCCUGGAUAAAGUCUUGGAGCAUCCAUGGGUCAAGGAGAACAUUGCCAAGGCUUCUCAGAAGCAGUAAGGUAUCUGCACUCCUCCCUUUUUCUAAAAAGCACACAUCCAGCUUCGAGAUUUGCUACUGCCCUUCCUCGUGUAAAAAGACAAUAAUUCUUAUCCCCUUUUGUCUAUCCCCUGCGGAUGAUCUGUGACAACGGCAAUCACUUGAACCAGUCAAUGUUAUUUUCCAAUUGCUAUGAUUGAACUGAUGACUCUAGAUCAUCUUGGUCUCGACUGACCAGAGGUUUCCUUCCCAACGAUUACUUCGUUCUUUCCCAUGGGAGUUUCUCGGAAUAAAAUUUAUUUUCUCGCAA